GGAAGGGGUGAAAGUGUCGCAAUCUUACAGCGAGCAUGACCGACGCCGAGGCGCAGAGCGCGCCACCAUCGGUAACUGAGGAAGAGAAGCCGGAGAGGAAAGUCAUAGCCACGUUGGUUCAAGGCACCGUGAAGUGGUUCAAUGUGCGUAAUGGAUACGGCUUCAUAAACAGAAAUGAUUCCAAAGAAGACGUGUUUGUUCAUCAGACCGCAAUCAAGAAGAACAAUCCUAGAAAAUUCCUCCGCAGUGUUGGAGACGGGGAGGUUGUAGAGUUUGAUGUGAUUGAAGCCACCAAGGGCUCUGAAGCAGCCAAUGUAACCGGUCCGGGCGGCGUUCCAGUCAAAGGCAGCCGCUACGCUCCCAACAAACGCCGCUUCCGUCGGCGAUUUUUCCCACGCAGCCCGGGGCCCGGAGAGGAGGGCAAACCAGCCGACGGCCAAUCCUCCGCCGCUGAGGGCGAGGGGUCGGGAGAGAACGACGGAGUGAAACCUCAGCAGCGCCGCAGGAGACCCCGACGACCACGGCUGGAGGUGCAAGAUGGAGAGGCUGGAGAGGCUGGAGAGUCAAAGAACGGCGUGGCAGAGGGCGAACAAGCGCAGAGACAGCCACAGCGCAGGUUCUGGCGCCCAUACCGCAGACCGUUCCGCCCGCGGCCGCCUCCCGAUGAGGCUGCCAACGGCCAGCAGGCGGCUCCGGGAGAGCUCCAGGCGGAAGGAGAGCUGAAGCUGGCUGAGGCCUCUGAGGGCCCCCAGACCAACGGAGACGCAGCCGAGGGCCAGAAGCAGCAACGCCGCCAGUCUAGACGGCGCAGGCAAAGGAACUCUGAGUCCUCUACCUCGAAAAAUGAUACAGAAAGGUCUGCAUCGGAGACCGGUACCCCCCCUCAGACCUCCCCACUAGCUGACCUUGAAACCAGAUCAAAAUCACCAAAGCGCUCUCCCAAAACCUCUCCCAAAACCUCUCCCAAAACCUCUCCCAAAACCUCUCCCAAAACUUCUCCCAAAACCUCUCCCAAAACCUCUCCCAAAACCUCUCCCAAAACCUCUCCCAAAACCUCUCCCAAAACCUCUCCCAAAACCUCUCCCAAAACCUCUCCCAAAACCUCUCCCAAAACCUCUCCCAAAACUUCUCCUAAAACCUCUCCUAAAGCGCCCAAAUCACCUGAGCAGGCAGCUGACACGACAGUCCCAGCAGCAACAGAGUGACCCUCGUGAGAGGACGGUCUCGUGACCCUUGGGUUGGAGGACUGGUCCUUCAGAAACAUGCACUGCGCUCCCCUCCCUGCACGCCCCCCCCCACCCUGUCUCGCUGUCCUCCUUCAGGCCUCCUCCCCUCAGCUU